AUAUCUCACAACUUAAGUUUCUCACAAAAGCAGUGAAGUUUUCCAUAAUCAUUCAACUGUCAUGGCCUUCAAAACACUGUUCCAUAGCACUUUGGUUUUGCUGUUUUUUGCUUUUGCAUUUUGUGUUUUGGAGGCCAAUGCUCGCACUCUCCAAGAUGCCUCAAUGCGUGAAAUGCACGAACAGUGGAUGAUUACACAUGGAAAACUUUACUUGGACUCUUACGAGAAAGAGCAGAAAUACCAAGUAUUCAAGGAAAACGUGCAACGCAUUGAGGCAUCUAACAAUGCUGGAAACAAGCCUUACAAGCUUGGCAUAAACCAAUUUGCUGAUCUCACAAAUGAGGAAUUCAAAGCCAGAAAUAGAUUCAAGGGUCAUAUGUGUUCUAAGAUAACAAGAACACCCUCUUUUAAGUAUGAACAUGUGACAGCAGUGCCAACUUCAUUGGAUUGGAGACAGAAAGGAGCUGUUACACCCAUUAAGAACCAAGGACAAUGUGGAUCUUGUUGGGCAUUUUCUGCUGUUGCAGCAACAGAAGGAAUCACCAAGCUGACCACGGGCAAACUGAUCUCUUUAUCAGAACAAGAACUUAUUGACUGUGACACAAAGGGUGAGGACGAAGGAUGUGAAGGAGGUUUAAUGGACGAUGCCUUCAAAUUCAUCCUGCAAAACAAAGGACUUACCACAGAAGCUGCAUACCCUUAUGAGGGAAUUGAUGGAAUCUGUAAUGUAAAAGCAGAAAGCAGCCACGCAGCUACCAUAAAGGGGUACGAGGAUGUGCCUGCCAACAGUGAGAGUGCAUUGCUGAAAGCUGUUGCUAAUCAACCAGUCUCAGUAGCUAUUGAUGCCAGUGGAUAUGAGUUUCAGUUUUAUUCAAGUGGUGUGUUCAAUGGAUCAUGUGACACUAACUUGGAUCAUGGUGUGACUGCUGUGGGGUAUGGAGUGAGUGAUGAUGGAACUAAGUAUUGGUUGGUGAAGAAUUCAUGGGGAGUGAAGUGGGGAGAAAAAGGAUAUAUUCGGAUGCAAAGGGAUGUUGCUUCUAAAGAAGGCUUGUGUGGCAUAGCAAUGCUAGCUUCUUACCCAACUGCAUAAUUGUCUACCAAACUUUCUUAUGGUUAUAUACUUCACAAUCUGUAUCUAAUUAAUGUACAAAUCAU